UAUUCUUUCUUUUGUGGUGAACGAACCAGGAGGGGUCAACCAAAGAGUGCCGUGAGAGAGAUAGAGAGCGAGAAGUCUAUGGACGAGGAGGUCGAGCUGGAUCAGGAUAUGGAUGGAUUUAUCAGGUUCAUGACGCCGGAGAUGGACCGCAGGUGAGGAGCCGCACAGGGGAGGGGGAGCUCUACUUGCUGCUCAAAGCUCGUUUGUAAGCGCUUCUCUUUCUCGAUUUUUGGGGUUUUGCUCGGCAACUGAUCGCAAGGCAUGACUCUAUUUAAUGACUGAACAACUUCUUGUUUGAAAGAAGGAGAAUAGGGCAUGAAAUACUUGUAGUUAUAGAGCCAAGAACUAAGAUGGAUCUUAAGCUGAGAAAACCUCCUGAAACAUCAUCAAGAGCUUCCUCCACAAUGGUGAAUGAUAUUUCUAAAAAUCUCAAGCCAGACAUGCCGUUCAUCCAGUUUGAUUCUUCAAGUUUGGGCUACAGUGUUGGACAGGAUCGAUCCAUGUCUGAAGUCUCUCCACAAGUAGUAAACCAAUCUCACUGUUUUUAUGCUCCAGAAAGAGAGACAAAAAUAAAAAAUCAUCUUGGACCUUCGUCAGUCAUCGAUUGGAACCCUAGACUUAUGCUGAGCAAUCUCUCAUUCCUUGAACAAAAGAUCCACCAAGUACAGGAUAUUGUGCGUUCGAUAAUCAGCCAGGAAGAUCAUGUAGUUGAUAGAGGUAAUGAGUUAGCAGCGCAACAACAGCUUGUCACAGCAGAUCUAACUUACAUCAUAAUUCAAUUGAUCUCUACGGCUGGCACUCUUCUUCCCAAUAUUAAAAAUACACUUCUCUCUACUGAUCCUGCUGUUGGUCAGCCAAGCAGUGCCAUGGGCAUGAACACUAACCUAUCUUCCUGUGGUGGUCAGAAACCAAUUGAGAUCUUGCCUCCAGAGGUUGCUAAAUCUUCCGAGUACGACGAGCUGAUGAAAGAUUUCGAUGCUUGUGUUGGUGAAGGAGAUGAGCUGAUCAAAUGCUUGAAUAAUGCUGGGGCUGAGUUAUCUGAGUCUAUGCCAAUUGAUGACCAUGAUGCGAAGGACUAUGACGACGGAAUGGAUGGAGAGAACCUCCCCCCUGGUUCCUAUGAGGUACUGCAACUGGAGAAAGAGGAGAUUCUGGCACCACAUACCCAUUUCUGUUUGAUAUGUGGAAAGGGGUUCAAGCGAGAUGCAAACCUAAGGAUGCAUAUGAGAGGACACGGUGAUGAGUAUAAGACUCCAGCUGCUCUCGCAAAGCCCAGCAAGGAAGCAAGCUCGGAACCGCCAAUAAUCAGGCGAUAUUCAUGCCCUUUUGUUGGUUGCAAGAGGAAUAAAGAGCACAAGAAGUUCCAGCCUCUCAAGACUAUCCUGUGUGUGAAGAAUCACUACAAGAGAAGCCACUGCGACAAGAGUUAUACCUGCUGUCGAUGCAAAACAAAGAAAUUUUCUGUCAUCGCAGACCUGAAAACACAUGAGAAGCACUGCGGCAGAGACAAGUGGAUUUGUUCCUGCGGGACUACUUUUUCGAGAAAGGAUAAGUUGUUUGGGCAUGUUGCGCUGUUUCAAGGUCACACUCCUGCCAUUCCCAUGGACGAUGCCAAAGUCUCAGGAGCACCAGACCAAGUUCAAGCAAGCGAAUCAACAAAUGGAAUGGCGGAGCAUACGGGCUUCAACUUCACCGGGAACACCCCAAAUGAUGCUCAGAGUCUUGAUAUAAAGGGCGCUGAUGACUGCCAGGGUUAUUUCUCACCCAUGAACUUCGACGCAUGCAACUUCAUGGGGCUCGACGAAUUCCCACGUUCAGUAUAUGAAGUUUCUGAAAGCCCUUUCUCCUUUCUUUCAACUGGUUCCUUCAGUUUCAUACAAAGACAUGGAGAAAAUUAGUUUCAUUGGGGAGUGGAAGAUCAAUGGCUUAGAAAACCAUGUUUAUCUAGUUUAAUAAUAAAUUCUGCUGUAUGGUUGUAAUAGUGUGGUGAAAAGAAUCACCAUUAUCUGAUGGUUGUCCUAGUUUGAUGCUCUUUCUUCUGUUGCCAUGACAUUUCAAGAAGCAGUGUUAUCACCAUUAUCUCAUCAUACAAUCCUUAAUUCAAUUGUGGGUCAGUGGGUGUUCAUUUCA